AUGGACCUAACAGAGGGUUCACGAACGGCUAUCAAUGUGCAUCUUUAUCUGGAGAACGAGCGUCAAACUCUAUACAUUCAAUAUGGCCAAGAGCAGGGGUCUGACGGUGUCAAGACUACAAAGUCACCGCUUGAAGAAUAUAUGCAUCCGCCUGCAGAGCUUACAGAUAUCAAUUUCUUGACAUUCCUUGAGCGCGUUAAUUUCCGGAAUGCUAAAAAAUGGAUGAUCAUGAACCUGAUUUUUAUGAAGAAGCUCCACGGCCUGAGGCUGAUCCUUUUUGAUCCUCUACAAUCCCGAUCUGACGGGACGCAGGAAUUUUGGUUAGAAUUGGUGUUGCAACUUCUGGGAAAUAAUAUUGAGCAGAUUGAAGACCCAGAUCGUCUUCAUCAUCGUGAUCUUGACCGAGCAUAUGAUUAG